CCACUGGCCACCCUCAUGCUGGGGUCCAGGAGUGCACCAGGGGGGAACAGGUCCUACUUCCCCUUCUUCUCAGACUUCAGGGGCUACAACGUGACAGCCCUGCGAAUUGGAGAGUCAUCUGCCCUGGCCUUCAUCUUCCUGCUGGCUUUGGCAGGAAACAUUUGGGGCAUUUACCUGCUGGUGCAACGGCAGCACCGGCUCUCUGCUGCCAACUGCCUGGUCCUCAACCUCUUCUGCGCCGACCUGCUCUUCAUCACUGCCAUCCCCUUCAUCGCCGUCGUGCGCUGGACCGAGUCCUGGGUGCUGGGCGACGUCGUCUGCCACAUGCUCUUCUACGUGAUGAGCCUCAGCGGCACCGUCGUCAUCCUCUCGCUGUCGGCCGUCAGCCUGGAGCGCGUCGUGAGCAUCGCCCGGCUGCGGCACGCCGCGUUCCGCCGCCGCAAGGCGCUGGCCGCCGCUCUCCUCCUCAUCUGGGCCUUCGCCGCCCUCGCCACACUCCCACUCUGCUGCUUCUUCUCCGUGGUGCGGCUGCCCGCCGCCGGCGAGCAGGAAAUUCAGAUUUGCACCUUGGUUUGGCCCAGCAAUGCAGGAGAAAUAGUUUGGGAUGUGACCUUUGCCACUGUUUUCUUUCUGGUACCAGGAUUAGUCAUUGUCAUCAGUUACUCCAAAAUCCUACAGAUUACAAAAGCAUCAAGAAGAAGUUUAAAUGCUGGCUUAGCCUACUCAGAAAAUCAUCAGAUUCGUGUUUCCCAGCAAGACUACAAACUAUUCCGAACCCUCAUUGUUUUGAUGAUCUCUUUCUUCAUCAUGUGGAGCCCAAUUAUAAUAAUUAUUCUUUUAAUCUUAGUUCAGAACUACAAACAAGAUUUAAUUAUUUUUCCAUCAGUUUUCUUCUGGAUAGUGUUAUUCACUUUUGCCAACUCUGCUGUCAAUCCAAUUUUGUAUAAUGUUGCCCAUUUCAGACGUAAAUGUCAGGAAAUUUUUCUCUGUUGUACAGGGAUCCCUGUAAGGCAUGCGGCUGGUACAGAAACCGCUGCAAGAAGUAACCAUGAACAACCAAAGCUGUCUUUCAUUAGCAGAUAAUUGUUUGAAGUUUAAGCUGUGACACAUUUUUGAUGUUAAUGUCUAUGUUAACCCAAGUUGAAU